GCAUGCUCAGUUCAGUAAAGGUUAUGUGAGACGACCAGACAACUUUCUGCUUGCAACAAAAAACAGGACUCUAAAGUCUUUCUGAAAUGGCAGCGAGUCACAUAUGGCCAUUGAGACGUUUUGGACAUUUUGUGCCACAAACUGAACGAAAGCCUUGGAAGGUUUUAGAGGCAAAGGCCAAUGAACCUAAAAUUGUCAUGACAUUGUUGGAAUCUGGAUAUUUGCUGGUGCUGCAAGGGCAAGAAAACUUGGCCACAAUCCCUUUGCAUGAUGGCUCCAACUCUCUUAAAGUGCAGCACAAAGCUGAUAACCUGAUGAUCCGAUUUACUGUGAAGGGGGAGAGCCGCAUGAUAAGGAUGCAGUUUGAUGGCAGCAGCACAGCAGAAGCCGUGAAUCAGUGUUCAAGGGCUGUGGAAAAGUUGUCUGCGUAUGUUCCUGUCACCUCUCUGGAAGUUGCUGUGACACAUCCAAAUCAGCCCCCUGUUGAGGUCCCACCAGCAGCACAGCAGGCAUGUCAGAGAAAGACUGGGCAGCCUGAGCCUGAAGCUGUCCACGGCUUUGUGUCCAUCAAGCGUCUUACCGAGCACUUCCUGGGAGAGACUACUCUGGCUCUCCCUAACAUAUACAGUCCCUGUUCUUUGGUAUCAGGUGACUUGGAACCCUUCCUGCGGGUCUGCCUCCUGGAUCCCAGCUUUCCUGCAUUUGUAGAGAAAGUACAGGAGGAGCUGGAGAAACUGCAAGAAGAGUGAAAAAAAAUCUCACCGCAGGCUGAAGGCAGAAAGUUCAAGUCAGUCCCAUUAUGUUAUGUUGUAAACUAUGUGUAGGCAGUGUUCAGCUUACUUGGUCGUUAGUGAAUCUAAAAUCUUAUCUCACAGUAAUUGUUAUAUAACACAGAUGAUGCUCUUGAUUUACUGAAAUAUUUGAGAUCUUGAAAAAGAGAAACAUGGUAUGGUUUUUGACAUUGUUUUUAUUCAGAAAAAAAAUGUUGGUCUCACUCAUAUGUUUGAUCGUGGCUAUAUGCUCUGGUCCCUCAGUUCACAUCCCAAAUCCAGGUCCUUUCCCACCGCAACACACAUGGAUACAUUGUAUUGAAAGAGGAGUCAUGCAGCUACAGCAGUGAAUCUAUGCCAGCUUUCAAGUGAUCCCACAAGAUUAAAGCUUCACUGAGUAAAACAAACUGCCCUCCAUAUAUCUAUUUAAGAAUACAUAUUGCAUAGGAUUAUAGCCAUGCUAUACAGUUAAAGAGAGAAAAAUAGAAAGUAAAAAUCAAUGAAUUGAAAUUGAGAAUUAUAAAAAAAAUAUUAUUAUUUUUUUUACAUAUUUCCUAUCAUUUGAACACUCAUACUUCAACAUAUACAAGACACCUAAGUUACUCUGGAAAGAAAAUAGAAAUAAUACAGAUAUCCUUUUCGUUAAGAUAGUUAAACACACAGUAGUCAUUUUCUGUAAGCACUCUCAAUUAAAUUUAAAUACUGCCUGUCUUUGAAGCCCUUGCUUCACAAUAAAAGUUUUGAUAAAAGUAGAUUUUCUUCUGACAAAUUAAAUAUUUUAAUGACAAUGAUAUGCUGUACAAAUUGUUGAUAAAAAGCAUAUAUAUAUAGAUCUAUAUAGAUCAAUAUUCAUAUAGAUCUAUAUGGAUAUAGAUCUAUAUAUAUAUAUAUAUACAUAUAUAUAUAUAUAUAGGAUGACUCCAUAAAAAACAGGUAGAUUGGAUGCAAAAAAGCCACACGAGGGAUAACAACAGAAAAUGUCUAUUCUGAGUAUCCUAUUGCGUUAUUAUCUUGCAUGCAUUGUACAUGAUAUGUAAUACAAAAGGGAUCACCUCAGUUGAGGAAAUGUUAAAAUUAAUAAAGGAGACAUCAACAGCA